GCCGGACCUGAAGCGAUGGAGAGCGCCGCUGCCGCCGCUGGCGGUGCUGACCGCUUAGCCUGGCCGGGAAGCUGAGCUCCAGAAGCGGCGCCUCCCCCCAACCCGUCUUCGGCCCAACUCGGAUGCGGCUCCGGGUGACCGACGACGCCGGAGCCUCGAGCGCCUCCGGCCGCCUCCUCCAGGAUGAGCAGCGGCGGCAGCGGCAGCGGCAGCGGCGGCGGCGGGACCGGCCCGGGCGGCAGCAGCAGCAGCAGCGGCGAAGUGGUUUGCUCCGGCUGGCUCCGCAAAUCGCCUCCGGAGAAGAAGUUAAGGAGAUACGCCUGGAAGAAACGGUGGUUUAUCCUUCGCAGUGGCCGGAUGAGUGGCGACCCCGAUGUCCUGGAGUACUACAAAAACAAUCACUCUAAGAAGCCCCUGCGUGUGAUCAACCUCAACUUCUGUGAACAGGUGGACGCCGGUUUGACCUUCAACAAGAAGGAGCUGCAGGACAGUUUCGUCUUUGACAUCAAAACCAGCGAGAGGACCUUCUACCUGGUGGCAGAAACGGAAGAGGAAAUGAACAAAUGGGUGCGGAACAUUUGUCAAAUCUGCGGGUUUAACCAGUCGGAAGAUCACCUGGAUUCCUUACGAAACGUCCCUCUGGUGAGUCACGGUCCUCGCUCAUCUCCGGCCGAGUUCAGCAGCUCCAACCAACGGUUGCUGCGGGAGCGAAAAACGUCCGCUCCUUCGCACUCCAGUCAACCCACCCUCUUCACGUUUGAGUCGCCUUCCAAUCACAUCCGGAGCACCCUUUCCACCAGCGCUCCUCAGGACUAUCUCUUUCUACACCAGUGCAUGAGCCAGAAAUCAGAAAAUACAAGGAGCGCCAGCUUCUCUCAAGCCACCCGGUUCUUCAUGAGGAGCGACCCGUCGGUUCAGAAACUGUCUCAGGAGAACGGGCAUUGCGUCAACGGGCUGGGCGGGCAGCUCCACGGUUUCUACAGCUUGCCCAAACCCAACCGGCACAACUCGGAGCUCCGGGACAGCGCUUACGACUUGCCCCGAAGCUUCGGCUGCUAUGCCCACACCAAAUCCAGCCUCACCGGCUCCGAGACGUCGGAUAGUGAGGAGGUCUACACUUUCAAGACCCCCAACAGCACCCUUUGCAAAGACUUCGGAGAACUGUCCGCUGAUUCCUAUGACGUGCCGGGCACCCCUCUGUCCAUCUACCAGAUCCCGAGGACCUUCACGCUCGACAAAAACCACAAUGCCUUGGCAGUGGCAGCUUCGAGUGACGUGGUGGCGACGCCUCCCCCGAGACCUCCCAAGCCGGGGCAGGCGGAAUCCCGCUGGGGCAGCCCCCAGCAGCGCCUGAUGGACAGUGAAGGCCUCAGCAUGAGUCCAAUAGUCACCACCAUUCCCCGAAGGAACACCCUGCCGGCAGUGGAGAACUGCAGGUUACACCGAGCUUCUUCCUGUGAAACCUACGAGCAUCCUCAGCCCAGCGUCAGUGGAGUCAGUAGCACGGGGCUAUCAGCCGAGUCGGCAAAUGUCGGAGCCAGUUCGUAUCUGCAGAACAAGACUGUGGUGGCUCGCUCCCAUAGCACGGACUCCGAAGACAACUACGUCCCCAUGAACCCAGGUUCUUCCCUCCUGCAGAACACGGAGCGCUCCAAUGACAACGGCUCCCAGCACCUCUACAUCCCCAUGAGCCCCGGGCCCCAUCACCUGGACAGGGUGGCCCACUCCUCCGCCACCUUCCCAGCGCAGAAAGGCAGCGGCUCUCAUCCCUUGAGGCGGAUGAGUGAAAUCCAGCCCCCACCCAUCAACCGCAACCUUAAGCCAGAUCGGAAAGCAAAACCAACCCCACUUGACCUCAGAGGCAAUUCAGUCAUCGAUGAGCUGCCCUUUAAAUCGCCAGUCACAAAAUCAUGGUCUAGACCCGGCCAGACCUUCAACUCCAACUUUUCUCAAUAUUGUCGUCCCACCUCAACCCAGAGCAUAACCAGCACCGACUCAGGAGAUAGCGAAGAAAAUUAUGUGGCCAUGCAAAACCCGGUUUCUGCAUCUCCCAUUCCAAGUGGGAAAAGUAGCCCGGCCCAAAAGAAGAGCACCACAAGCGUCGAUUACCUGGCUUUGGACUUUCAGCCAAGCUCACCUGGGCCCCACCGAAAGCCCUCUACGUCGUCCAUUGCUUCUGACGAGAAAGUCGAUUACGUGCAGGUGGACAAAGAGAAGACGCAAGCUUUGCAGAGCACGAUGCAGGAAUGGACCGACGUCCGGCAGUCUUCUGAACCCAACAAGACAGUGAAGCAGUAGCCAAGAGGAGACACGGUGGAGAAACCAUGGAGGCUUCUAAGAAUCUAGGAGAGACGAUCCAUUUGUCUCUCGGGCUGAACCUUCUCUUGGUCAUUCUGCGGAGGCCGUUCCAGAAAACAAGAACAGAAGAAGAACAUUUGGCUGAAAACUUGCAAAGCCAUUUUUCAGUGAUGAGGUUAGCUGCUGGCUCUGUUCUGAGGAAUUAGUGAACCGACACUGGCUUCUCGUCCACCUGCCGGUAUCCAAACCUUCCUCGAUCCACUGUCAACCUGCAGAUCUCUAUUUUUGCAUCCAACACCUGCCCUUUGCCAGUUUCCUGCCGUCGGUCGGAACUUUCAGCCUGAUUUUGGCCUCCUGGUUCUGCCUUUUAGAGAUGAUGAUGAUGAUAAUAAUAAUAAUAACAAUAACAACAACAAUAAUAAUAGUAAUAAUAAUAAUAACGGCCAGCUACUCAUCCUAAGUGGGUUUGAUUUUCAGCCGUCUCUUUACGGAGCUGUCUUAGCUGUAUCACUUCACAAAAGAGCGAAGAAAUCUCCAAGCAAUGCCUUUAUUUUCGCUCUUUAUGUAAACCGCCAACAUGCGAAUUCCUUAAACUACGCCAUGGUCCUUGAGAGGACGAGCAUGUCAAGAAACAAUCGCUGUUCACCGGUAUAAAUCAGCUUUUGAAAUGCAUUACUCUCAAGCUGAAAAUAAUUCCUCGUCCGCCAUCCUUCCCCCUCAACAAGAAAAAAAAAAAAUCCUUCCUAAUUCUUUCUGGGGAAUUUUAAGAAUGGGAUCCUCUCUGGAUGUUUUUUGCAAUAGUUUCCUCUUUGUGGAAUAUAUGAUUAUCGGUGUCCGAGAUCUUACAAUAGUUGAAUCUGUGUUGGGCCGUAUUUGGUACCUGGUGUGUGGUGUGUAG